AUGGUCCUCGUAAUAGCUGGUCCCGGAGUUCAAACAGUACUACGGUUCAUCAUGUGGCCUUUUCGCUCAGAAAUGCGUCUGUUUCUCAUCCUGUAUAUUGUAUCUCUCUUCGUUUGCAUUGUUGAACUAAUCCUGAAUCCUGACCUAAGCGGAGAUGAUCUGGUCGACCAGCAAGUUGAGGAGAUCGCGGAUGGUGCAAAUGUUUCAGCUGGUUCCAUCACAACAGACGAUACUGGUUUCUCCGCCUCGAUGCUCGAAAUCAAGUCGAUUUUCAUACCCUGUGUAUUCAGUCUGUUCAGUGUGAUUUUCAUUGUGGGCAAAUUGUUACAGUUUGUCUUUUUCGGAUCGUUGAGCGAAGUCGAACGGAGCAAUCUGUCCCGAUUGCUGUUUCGUUUCACCGUGUUUCGUGUGAUCAUUUUGUCCGGGGCGAUUAACGUGUCCCGCCUGUCUAGCGUGUUUGGCUGGCUGGUAUGGUUCGGUGCGAUCGGGCUACUGCAUGCGUGCGCAUUGACCGCAAUGUCACGAUGUAAUCAAUUGGCUGCUUCCUCACUGGUCACUCGUCGUGAGUGGUUGCGCUUGUCAUUCGCUCUGGCUUUCCUCCUCAUUGGUAACUGGUAUGUGUUUCGAGGCGGAUUGUAUCACAGUUUCUUGCUUGCUGAUAUCGAUGUUACUGAUAGUGCGAACGAAUCCACUACCGGACGUUCGUUGAACAGUGCUUUUAAGACUCCGACAGCACUUGGUGUAUUGAAAUCCAAACUAACUGGUCGACGGGAACUAAUCUAUGAUGCGGUGGAUGUAGUGGCUUAUAUUCUUGCUGAAUCAAUGCUGCUGUUUUGCUUGAUCGUUCAUCUGCUUGGUGGAUUUUUGAUUCAAGCAUAUGACCGGUGGCAGUUGGCCCAUGGUCGGAGUUGGCCACAACAAACCACUUUCUCAUACUAUCUGGAUCUGAUUCAUGUUCUAGUCUAUCGACUUGUGGAGAUCGCGCACUACUUGCAUUUGCUUCUGUGGAGUCGGAUUUUUUCAGUGGCCAGCCUGAUCGUGUUUUUGCAUAUUCGUUUCGCCUAUUCCAUGCUGGCCAGUCGAAUCCGUCAGCAUAUGGCUCAUCGACGUUUGUCGCACUAUAUUUCUGAACAUUUCGAGCUUCGUACAUCCAAAUCGGCGAACUCCGGAUCUAAGGACAAAAGUGUAGAGAAUAAUCCGGACAACUCACAGGAAGAUCCUGCACCCGAUUCAUCUACCGAAUCCAAAUUCCACUCGACUGAUAAAUCAUCCUGGUCGGAAAAACCAGAGGAAUCCACACCCGAGGUUUGUGCGAUCUGUUGGGAACCGAUGCAUACCUGGCGACGCUUACCAUGUCGUCAUGAUUUUCAUGAAUCAUGUUUGCGCAGUUGGUUGGAACAAAAUCCUACCUGUCCAACGUGUCGUCGUGAUUUAGGUAUCCCGACGGUCCUACUAGCUAAUGCGAAUCGUAAUGCCGGGACUGCAGCUGCAGCAGCCGCUGCGGCUGUGGCUGCAGCAAAUGAACAGACAACUAUGGGCUUGCUGUGGCGCAAUCUGGUUCGAAAUGCGGAGGGCGCGUUGAAUCAGCCGACCAAUACUCAGGGAGAAACGGCAACCAACAAUCCGGGAGUUCGGGUUGCUCGACCAAUUCCUGGUGGACAAUCACGCGAUACGGUUACCGGACCGGCCGGCUCAACACGAAAUCUGUUCGCUACCGCAGUCGGAUUAAAUUUGGGAAUGAGUAUCGGUUCGGGACCUAUGGUUACAGCUGCCGCUCAAGCAGCCGCGAGAGAUGCAGCAUCUCCAGGAACUUCUCAUGGAGGCUUAUCGUCCGCAUCACCUGGUGAUCAUGUAUCAUCAUCGGGCGGGGAUACGCUGUCACGACCUAGUGGGUCAUAUCCGCAACAAGUAGGCUCUAUUUUAUUUGCGCAUUUUUAA